AUGAGGCGAACUCUGGUACCUGUGGUGGUGGCAACCCUGCUCUGCCUGGCGCAGGGGGUGCCCCUGAAGUCAUCCGGCAGACCUGCCAACCGGUUCCCAGACGGUUUCUACCUGGGCGCCGCCACCGCUGCAUACCAGAUAGAGGGCGCUUGGAACGAGGAUGGCAAGGGAGAGAGCAUCUGGGACCACAUGCUGCACGCACAGCCCAACCUGACAGCAGACGGCCAGAACGGUGACGUGGCGGCCGACUCGUACCACAAGUACAAGGAGGACGUGCAGCUGCUCGUCGGAAUCAACGCGAACGUGUACCGGUUCUCCCUGAGCUGGCCUCGUAUCCUCCCCACUGGAGACACGGACAACAUCAACCAGGCGGGUAUCGACUACUACAACAACCUCAUCAACGAGCUGCUGGCCAACGGGAUCGAACCUAUGAUCACGCUGUACCACUGGGACCUGCCUCAGGAGCUGCAGAAACUUGGCGGCUGGCCCAACAUCGAGCUGGCAGACUACUUCGUCGAGUACGCACGCAUCGCCUUCGAGAACUUCGGAGAUCGGGUGAAGCUGUGGCUGACCUUCAACGAGCCCAACAUGUUCUCCAAGGGCUACUCGACAGCCACGUCAUUCGCUCCUGGUGCCAACUCCUCGGGCAUCGCUGACUACCUGAUGGCCAAGACGAUCCUGGUGGCGCAUGCGCGCGUCUACCGGCUCUACGACCUGAGCUUCCGCCUCAAGCAGAGAGGCAAGGUUGGCAUCACGCUGGACGGAGGCUGGUACGAGCCGCUGACCAACAGCGCGGAGGACGCCGAUGCUUCGGAACGUCAGCUGCAGUUUGAGAUCGGGCUCUGGGCGAAUCCCAUCUUCUCGCUGCUGGGCAACUUCCCCAAGGUGGUGCGGCAGCGCGUGGCAGCCAACAGCAAGGAGGAGGGGAGAGCCAGGUCUCGCCUGCCCUCGCUCUCCUUGGCCGAGAUUCUCCUCAUCAAGGGUACGUCCGACUUCUUCGGACUCAACCAUUACACAACGAAUCUGAUAACAUCUGGAAGAAGCGGCGAGGUGCCUUCCAAGCUCUACGACGCCGGUGUCGUCACCUCCACCAUUCAAGGCUACAAUACCAACUACUGGAUCUCGGACGUUCCAUGGGGUCUCCGUAAGCUCCUCAACUGGGUUCACGACUCCUACCCCGGUUACCCCAUCUUCGUCACGGAGAACGGCUGGGUGGACCCUCCUGGCGUACUCAACGACACGGGCCGCGUCCACUACCUCAGGGGCUACGUGUCAGCUAUCUUGCGCGCCAUCAACGAAGAUGGUGUUCCAAUGAUUGGCUACACGCACUGGAGUCUGAUCGACAACCUGGAGUGGAUGAAUGGAUACUCACUGAAGUUCGGGCUGCACUCCGUGGACUACGACGAUCCAGAGAGACCCAGGACGCAGAAGGCUUCGGCGAAAGUCCUCGCAGACAUCUACAAGAACAUGGCCGUGCCGUGGGAGGAUUUCGAGAACGCCGACACCACGCCACCAUCUUAAU